AUGGAGGAUUCACACCCCGCCGAGGCAGAGCAACACGAUCUGCUACUCGUGGUCGAUGCAACAGCUUCCAUGAGUAGCUUCUUGGCGUCACUCAGAGCAUCCCUUCGUCAGAUAGUAUCCAUGUCGGUGCUCACCCGCUGUUUCUCGCGAAUUGGAUUAUUAGCCUAUCGUGACUACAGCGCCCCGAACCUGCUGCAAUGGUCUGGAUGGUACGAUACUUCGCAGAAUGCGACGGGUACCCAGCCCGACCUACUCGAGAUUGCUGCGUCUCUUCGAACAGAAGGAAACUAUGACACCCCCGAAGCGGCAAAGACAGGCCUCGCGAAAGCCUACGAAGUCAUGCGUCCGGAUGCCAAAACAGUGAUUCUUUUCUAUACGGACGCCCCCCCUCAUAUGGCUGGCAAUGCUCAACUGCCAGAUCUGUGGCGAAUAGAGGAUAAUGGUAUAAGCGAACGCGAAGCCCUAUCGGAUCCUACGAGUUAUGGUGGCUAUGGCCCGGUGUUCAAGGACUGGGUUUCCGCAUGUAACCUGCUACGAGAAGGCGAGAAGAAGGCUCAAGUCUUUUGUCUUCUCCAGCCAGGCAUGUCCCAUUCUUUUGUUAGCUACUAUAAUUAUCUUUGUACCAUGACACAAGGCUCGUGCAUCGUAUUGCAUGGUGAUCUCCCUUCGGUCAUCACCAAGGUGACCAUUGGAAGUUCUGUUGACCUGGAUGGGAUUAGGCAAGCAGGCUGUUGA